AUGGUCGCUAAUUUGGAAGGUGAAGCUCUGCUGUGGUACGACACCGUAGAGGACUCCUUCAACCGACGUGAGGAUCAGACCAUGGGGAACUUGAGCCGGUUGAUGAAAGGCAGGUACAUGGUACAACGAUCGAAUCCUGAAGUGUUUGCCAGACUCCGACAGCGGCGACAGCAGCGAGAAGAGCCCCUUGUGGAGUAUGCACAGAAACUGCGAGUAAUUGCGUUCAGCAAUCCGGUCGGAGAAGAGUGGUUGGUAGAUGCCUUUCUGGAUGGUAUGAGCAACCGGUGGCACGCGACUCUUACGUUCAUGGUGACAACCAGCAGGCUCCAUCCGUCCGGUAGAUACUGCAUGUCCGCCAUGUUCAGUAGGGACAGCAAGAUCCACCAGCACCACAAGCUCAACGAGCACCACCAGUACGACCGGGAAUCGCGGCGAAUCCGGGAAGAGAUAGUGACGGAGACGCUGAUAGCAGUGACCAUGACGGUGGCGACGAUGGAGGACGGGGUCAGCAAGCCACCAGCAGCCCCGGUGGGGGAUGGAGGGGAUGCAAGGCGUGGAGCACCAGCGGGACCGGUUGUCAUGGCACCCCAUGGUACCACCACCAGCACAGCACAGGCAGCACAACAGCCGUACGGAGCUCCGGCCACAUCUACAUGGGUCUAUCAAGCGCCUCGUCAUGAAAGGAAGCUAAGAUUGCCAAAGUUUAAAGGCCUAGAUGUACCCAAACUGACAGUGAAAGCCUGGCUGAAGGCGAUAAAUAACGAGCUACGGCGGCAGACAGCGAUCCUACGGACGAAGUGGCGGGAGCACGAAGUCUUAAUCGAAAUGGUCGCUAAUUUGGAAUGUGAAGCUCUGCUGUGGUACGACACCGUAGAGGACUCCUUCAACCGACGUGAGGAUCAGACCUUCGGGAACUUGAGCCGGUUGAUGAAAGGCAGCGGCGACAGCAGCGAGGAGAGCCCCUUGUGGCACGCGACUCUUGUACGGGGACACCGCCCAACCACACUUAACGAAGCCGUUAACGCAGCCGUCGAUCAAGUCGGGGAAUACGGAGAAGGUUACGGUGUCGGCCUGGCAAUGGCUUUGCGCACUCAGGAUGAGCGAGCGGCUACGGCAGGUGCGACGGCGGCUCCGGUGCCAAACGCGGCCCCAAUGCGACCUUCACUAGGGACUACGGAACUGGGUGCUGUUGUCUCCGGCUACGAGAAUUACGGACUGGUGAAUCGUUCAGACUUCCAGUAUGGCAUUGAAGGCAGGCUGAUGGUACCCAAGAACAACACCAACACCGGGCAACGGCAACAUAUGACGCGAAACCAACGAUCGGAUGGGGGAGGAAAGCCGAACCGCCGUGCUGGGAAGACCUUUAAGUUGGAAGGACAAAACACCGGUCAGCAGAUGCAGCAACAGUCGAAUAAUCGAUGGUCAGGUGACAGUGGUAGCGGAAAUACUGAGCCUUUACGGACCAAGGAAGAUCGAUUACGGAACCACCAGCGAUACUUGGACAGGAGGACGCAGCCGCAGGCACCAAGGAUGGCUACAGUGAAACCAGACGACAUGUACUUCUAUUGCCAUGGCUUUGGUCAUCAUACGCAUGCCUGCGAGUUGAAGAAGGCUGAUUUGGAAGAGAGCAGCCCUGUGGUUGGGCCCAACGCUGACGUCCACAACAACAACUCUGAUAACGGUGCGGGAAACGAAUCCAGGAUGUAG